AUGGAGCACAAAAUAAUCGCGAUGUUAGUGGUGGUGAUGUUCAUGGGGAGCCUUUUGGUCGAGACAGAGGCUAUAGAAUUUCAAGAAUGUUACAAAGGUUGUACUUUGGUUUGUGGUGCAACUGCGGGAGGAUUUAAAAAAUUGGCAUGUCCUUUCACUUGUGUCAAGGAAUGUAUAAAUCCUUCUGGACUAGAUCUUCAGGAAAUAAACCAAACUGAUUAUUUUUGCACACUCGGAUGUGCUACCACUCAUUGUGUUUCAUCCUCCUCGACCAAAGAUAAGGAUCACGCAGAGAAAGUUUCUGUAUGUGUGGAUUCAUGCUCACAUAUGUGCUCUAAAAAGAACUAA